UUAUUUUGAAAAGGUACACUGUAAGGACUGUGAGGAGCUCCUAUGCUACUGAGCUUGUCAUUAUAAAGAAAGAAACUGAUGUGCGGAGGCAGCAGCUUCAGCGUUAUAGUUGCACAGGAACCUCAGGAAAACAGCUUUCUCAUCCCGCAAAAUAAAAAAGACCACAUUUUUAGCACCCAUGGAUUCCCGAGCAAGCCCACAGCCGGUCAUUUGUGAGGUCUGUGGAACAUACUUUGAGACACGACGAGGCCUCUCCAGCCACGCCCGCCUCCAUCUACGCCAGCUCGGUGUGGCGUUUUCAGAAAACAGCGGCGCUCCCAUAGAGCUCCUCUACCAGCUCAUCCAGGAGAGAGACGGCUCCCUCCCACAUUUCAAAUCAGCCUCCUCCUCUGCACCUGAGUCGACACCUCUCACAAAAACAUCCCAGCAGGAGACACCUUCGGUGCAAGAGGAAGUGAAUACGUCCUGCAAGACGGGGGUCAGAGUCAUGACAACCCUGCAAAAGAUGGAUAGUCAGGAAUCUUCAUCAAGACUGAAAGAGUCAGGAGUUUCUCUCCUCCCAUCAUCUCCUUCUGCUCUUCAGCCAGCAGAAGGCAGCAGUUCAUCUUUCUCAGAGCACCAAGCCACAGCCAAGCCACUGUGGGCGCCGCUGGAAACUGACGCCCCCAUCACUUUAGACACCAACGAUGAGGUCCAUGUUUGUCACCUUUGUGGCUGCUGGUACGAGACACGCAAAGGCCUGUCGAGUCAUGCUCGCUUCCAUCUACGCCAGUUUGGAAUCCCUGACAGUGAGAUCAAGGGCAGCCCGAUUGAUUUUCUGUAUCAGAUCAUGGAGGAGGAGGACCUCAAGCCCAUCAUCACCAAGCAACAGGGUGAGCUCACAUCAAACAGUUCUAAGAGAUCUUCCUCUAAACACCCCUCUGAUGUGUCGUCUCCACCUGCAUCGCCCCCCGGCAAACGGCCUAAAACGUCCGAGGAUUGUACGUGCGUUCUGUGUGGGGAGUCAUUUGAGAACCGAAAAGGACUGGCCAGCCACGCACGCUCUCACUUACGUCACAUCGGGGUGAGUGAGUUAGUGGGGAAAAGCUCUGCAAUCGAUGCCGUCCAGGAGCUGGUCAGCAGCGGUGUUUUAGAAGCCGUACAGCCUCUGAAAACAAACAGUACAGCCGCCAGCUCAUCUGCAGCACCAUCGCCAGCACCUCCAUCUCCUGCAGCCCCGGCUUUGUCUCCAGGUCCAAGCCAAUCCUGGACCUCGUUUUCCUCAACACCGAGCUCCUCAACUCCUGUGAAGAGCUAUCGGUCUCCUCAGGCUGCGGUAAACAGAGCGCCAAAGGCUAAGAAAGGAUUUCGGCUGGCAGUUGACCCCCUCCUCAGGAAACCCAAGCCCGAGCCUGUAGAGACAGAAGUGUCUGUUCAACCAAAGGCAUCCAGCAGCAGCUCUCCUCUGCAAAAAUCACCUGCUGCCAUUGUUCCUCCAAAGCCUCUUGAAUCAGAUGUGCAGUCUCCUCCAACAGUCCUUUGUGACUUCUGUGGGCAGCUGUUUGACACCCGUAAAGCCCUGUCGUGCCAUGUUCGCGCCCACCUGCGGCACCUCGGCCUCACUUGGUCAAUUAAAACAUCACCAAUCGAUCUCCUCAAAGAGGUCAUGCUGAACAGUGAGGAAGGCAAGAGAGACUUAGUGCCCGGUGCUUCCUCAGCCUUGGGCAAAGCCAGGUGGGCCCAUCAAGGUUCCAGAAGGUCCUUAGACAGCCUCACAUCUGGAGAACCAGCCUCCAACAUCUGCACCUCACCUCUUGAUUAUUCCAUGAAAGAGAAAUCUCUGUCUGGCAAGAGUGGAGCCUCACAUGUUGACACAUCAUGUGAACUUUGUGGGUUCGACUUUGAAAACCGCAAGGCUCUGGCCAGUCACGCUCGAGCCCACCUCCGUCAGCUGGGCAUCAUCGAAUGGAAGGCGGACGGAGCGAGUUCACCGAUCGAACUCCUCAGCGAGUUGAUCCGAAAGGACCCAGAGAAGGUGGCAGUAAUAACCAGACGCUAUCGUAUGGGAGACCUUUACAUCAAGAAGUCUCAGAGACCUGCUGCUUCGCCCUCUUUGUCCACAGACUCUGACUCGAUGGCCGGCAGCAGCAGCUUCAAGUAUUCACAAGGCCACACUCGCACUAUGGCAACUCACAGCAACUCCAAUAUGCGCUCCCCAAGAGGGAUUCAUCCACCAAAGAAGUAUGUAGUGCCUAAAGGGGAUGAAAAUCAGGACACCUACUCCCAGCAGCCGUCACGGUCCGGCAGCAUCCCUGCUCUGCUGCCAAAGCCUCCACUCACUCCACUGGUCAAACUGGUGGGCAAAAUUUACUCCCUCAAGUGCAGGUUCUGUGAAGAAGUGUUUCAUGGACCUCUGUCAGUUCAAGAACAGUGGAUCUCACACCUGCAGAAACACAUCCUGUCACUGGGCUACAAAGGCAAAGCUUCUCCUCCUGCUACUGCCGUGAGCGCUCCAGCACUUGUCUCUCCUGUAGCCGUGUAGUCCAUUGAAUCCUUUCUGUACAUCACAUGAAGGAGAGUCCUGAGGUUCAAGUCCAAGAAGACGUUUUGUGUUGAUGUUUACUUGACGUUAACAGUUUGUCAGAGAAGUACAUGCUCCCUUCAUGUCCUGGAGAGGGCAAACAUGAGCCAUUUGAAGAAAUCAGCACAAUGUAAUCCACUCAGGUCAAAUCCACAAGACACAAUAGAUCACAUCACUGACCACUGGAUGUUUUUGGAACAAAAAAAAGCCAAUCAUCACUUGUUUUGACAGACAGGGCUUUUGUUUCGCCUGCUUUCACAUUGCUUCCAUUUGAACAGAUAUUUGAACUGAGUUUGCUGUUUCCCACAACGACUCAAAAUGACUUUCUCUUUAUUUUUACUCCUACUGACCAGACUGCUAUAGUUGCCAUUUCACUUUUGACUUAAGCCUUGUUAUAUACAUUUGUUUUUAAAUAAUUUUAAUCUAAGUCUAAUUUACUGUUCUGCGAGUGUUUCUGUGUAACACAACGCUGACACCCCAAAGUUAGAUGCCACCUGUGUUGAAAAACAUUGUCAUAUUCCAACCUAAAAUCUUGUCCUUAGAGUUUCCGUUACAUUUCCCUUUUAACAUUUUUAUUAUAUAAAUGAAGUUAUGUCUUCUACAUAAACAAGAUUUCUAGUGUAUGAGAGUUUUUUUUUCCAAAUAUAAUUCAAAUGCCAAGUGAAUGAAUCUGUUUGUAUCGGUUUAUAUUAAUAACCUCAGUCUCACCAGCAGCCACAGUUUCAGCUUGUUGGCCUCGUCAAUGGACACAGUAUAAACAUCUUAGCAGUUUUGAUUACAAUCCAAUAUACUCAACUAUUUUCCAUGAAUUCAAAUAGAAAUUCUGUUGUCUUGCUUUCAUUUACCAACUUGUGUUUCCUGUUAUUUACGUCAUGCUUUCCUUUCUCUGUGAAUCAUUUCUUUUAUUCAAGAUUCUUUAACCAGCACUACCUGACUGUUUUUUGCUCCUGUUAUAUUUUUACUCACUUUUACUACAAUACAAAAUCCUGCGCCUCUCUGGAAGCACCAAAACCACAGCUAAAAGUAGAGAGAACUUUAAAGCAGUGCAGUAUGACACAGGUAAAAUGCCAUAAAUCAUUAAAAAAAGAAAAAAGUUGAA